GCUGGCCGUGGGGGAAGAGGAGGGCAGCCGGCGGCUCGGUGACGAGGCUAGCUGGCCACACGGAGGUGGCCGUGCUGCCCGCUGCUCGCCAUGGGGGGACAGAUCACCCGGAGCACCCUCCACGACCCUAUCGGGGGCCCUUUCCCCGUCACCUCCCACCGAUGCCACCACAAGCAGAAGCACUGCGUGCCGGCGCUGUCCAGCGGGGGGCUCCCGACCACCCCACUGCUCUUCCACCCCCACACCAAGGGCUCGCAGAUCCUCAUGGACCUCAGCCACAAGGCCGUCAAGAGGCAGGCCAGCUUCUGCAAUGCCAUCACCUUCAGUAACCGCCCUGUCCUCAUCUAUGAGCAAGUCCGGCUGAAGAUCCUCAAGAAGCAGUGCUGCUGGAGCGGGGCCCUGCGCCUGGGCUUCACCAGCAAGGACCCGUCCCGCAUCCACCCGGACUCGCUGCCCAAGUAUGCCUGCCCAGACCUGGUGUCCCAGAGCGGCUUCUGGGCCAAGGCGCUGCCCGAGGAGUUUGCCAACGAAGGCAACAUCAUUGCCUUCUGGGUGGACAAGAAGGGCCGUGUCUUCUACCGCAUCAAUGACUCCGCUGGCAUGCUGUUCUUCAGCGGGGUCCGCACAGCCGACCCGCUCUGGGCCCUGGUGGAUGUCUACGGCCUCACGCGGGGCGUCCAGCUGCUCGACAGCGAGCUGGUGCUCCCGGACUGCCUCCGGCCGCGCUCCUUCACCGCCCUGCGGCGGCCGUCGCUGCGGCGCGAGGCGGACGAGGCGCGACUCUCGGUGAGCCUGUGCGACCUCAACGUGCCCGCGGGCGCCGACGGUGCCGACGGGGCGCCGGCCGCCGGCUGCCCGAUCCCGCAGAACUCGCUCAACUCGCAGCACAGCCGCGCGCUGCCCGCGCAGCUCGACGGCGACCUGCGCUUCCACCCGCUGCGCGCGGGCGCGCACGUCCGCAUCCUGGACGAGCAGACGGUGGCGCGCCUGGAGCACGGGCGCGACGAGCGCGCGCUGGUCUUCACCAGUCGCCCCGUGCGCGUGGCCGAGACCAUCUUCGUCAAGGUCACGCGCUCGGGCGGUGCGCGGCCCGCCGCGCUCUCCUUCGGAGUCACCACGUGCGAUCCCAGCACGCUGCGGCCCGCGGACCUGCCCUUCAGCCCGGAGGCCCUGGUGGACCGCAAGGAGUUCUGGGCCGUGUGCCGCGUGCCGGGCCCCCUGCACAGCGGCGACAUCCUGGGGCUGGUGGUCAACGCCGACGGCGAACUGCACCUCAGCCACAACGGUGCAGCCGGCGGCAUGCAGCUGUGCGUGGACGCGUCACAGCCGCUCUGGAUGCUCUUCAGUCUGCACGGGGCCGUCACCCAGAUCCGCAUCCUCGGCUCCACCCUCCUGACGGAGCGGGGCAUCCCUUCCCUCCCCUGCUCUCCUGCCUCCACGCCCACUUCGCCCAGUGCCCUGGGGAGCCGCCUCUCCGACUCCCUGCUCAGCACCGGGAGUUUGGGACCUCUGGGUAGCUCUGCUGGCGGCACAACCCCCAACUCGCCAGUGAGCCUGCCUGAGUCACCCCUGACCCCCGGCCUGGGCCAGUGGAGCGACGAGUGCACCAUUUGCUACGAGCACGCGGUGGACACGGUCAUCUACACUUGUGGUCACAUGUGCCUCUGUUACGCCUGCGGCCUGCGCCUCAAGAAAGCCCUGCACGCUUGCUGCCCCAUCUGCCGCCGCCCCAUCAAGGACAUCAUCAAGACCUACCGCAGCUCCUAGCCCAGCCGCCUGCGAGCUCAGCGGAGCACCCGCUCAACAGCCCCUCUCGCCCCCCUUCUGGAUGGAAGCUCUUUCCCUCUUCCAUUAAACACGGGAAACUGAGCCCCCUUGAGGUUUGGAGGCACAGAGGGGAUGUCAGGCAGGGAGGUGGGGGACAGUGGGGCAGGGCCGGAUUUCUUGGCAGAGGGAAGGGAGAGGCCCUACUUACUUCCCAUCUGGACACCUGACUUCCCGAGAGGCAAGGAAAGGGUCCCUGUCUGAGCGACUCCCCCCAUCUGAGGCUGACUUCUGGCAGGCCCGGCUAGUCUACUGGCCCCUUUGCCAGAAGUCCAGCACACGGACUUUCCUCUGGGUAGCUGCGGCUUAGCUGGUGAGGGGAGAGGAUGUUUCCCAGCCUCCUGUGGCUCCCUCAGCCAGCUGCCCUGCCACAGCGCACAGCCUGCCCAACAGCACCCCUGCCAUCUCCUCGUCCUCUCCCUGUCACUUGAGCCUGGCAGCCAGGGGCCAGAGACUGGUCAGUGGAUGCCCUUCAUCCCGGGGCAAGCUGUGGAAGGCUCGACCCGAGGUCCUGGCCCCAUCUGACUGGGAUGGGGCACCCCCUCCUGGCCAUGGCUGUUCUGUCCCAGUCAUCUCUCUGGCCGCCGCUGCCCUGAGAUUGCGGGGCGUGGGAUCUGCCUUCGGUCAGGGUCUGCCACCCUCUCCAGCCUGCUGACCUGCAGGGUGGCUGGAGCUUACUAGGGAGGGGCCGAAGGCCGGGGCUGUUGAGGGAAACUCCCUGGGGUAAGAUCAGCCUUUCUCCUUUUAAUUAAUUUAUUUAUUUAUCAGGUUUGUGGGUUGUUUGUGUGUGUGUAUGGGGUGGGGGGUGAGUCUCCAUGACCUGCGCUCCUAGAAAUGCUGCCCUGGGUGAGUGGGGCGCCAGGCAAGCAGGUCAUGCUUCACAGAUGUGCACAGACCCCAGCCCUGGGGAGCACCGGGAGCCAGCCCUGCACACCAUGCACUGGAACUUCCACAGGAUCAGCAGGCAGGGCGCCUGAAGAAUUAUGCCCAUUUUGCAUAAAAGCACAGAGAUGGAGUGCCCUCGGUGCCAACUUCUGGGCUGGAGCAGGCUCAUCAAGGUGGCUCAGAAAUGCCAGUGGGUCCAGUGCCAGGGCCUGGGGAGCCAGGUCUAAGGAAAGGCCUCGGAAGAUAAGCCAGGAAGGGGCCAGCCUUCCGUCACUCCCAGACCUGGGAUAAGGGAAGGCCCCCUCCUCUUGGGCACAGCCAUCACACACCACAGUACUGCCCGCCCGCUUGCCCUGUCCUGAUUGUAUGGGGCCAGGUGUCAGGGCACCAGAACUCUGGAUCCGGCCAGGUCAGCGCCCCUCUGAGCCUCAGCAUCCCCCUGUCAAAUGAGGGUGGGAGUGUCGGGGUGAUAGCGUGGUGCUGGGGAGUCCUUUGGAGAGAAGCUGCAGUGGGUGGUAUGACAGGAGAGUCCUGGGUUUAGGGAUGCCAGCCUGCGCCUUGCAGGGUGCCUCUGGGGACAAGACACAGGUCCUGGUAGCUCUGUUCUUCCCAGGAGACCUGUACAUCCUGUGGGGGUGAGGCUGGGGAGUGGCCCCACCUGACCAGGGGUCAGGCAAAGGCAGGGGCUCGGUGGCCUGACGGUUGGGAAGAGGAAGCCAUGUGUCUCAUCUGUCAGUGUGGGGGCAGCCCCCCACCCCCUUUGUGAACCCGAGUCUCUGUGAUUGUGAAUAAAGGUGGUUCUGUACCAGC